AUGGAUAACUAUUCAGACUUCAGUACAAAUAACCUCUCAUCUUCAGCUAAUAUGUCUAUUUCUUUGCCUGGACAAGUUGGACUCAAUACCACUGGCGGUACUCCUUCCAUGUCCAUAAGCAGGCUCUUUCCAGCCCUGUUAGAAUGCUUUGGAAUAAUUCUCUGUGGCUACAUAGCUGGAAGAGCCAACAUAAUCACAACAACUCAGGCCAAAGGACUGGGAAAUUUUGUGUCCCGUUUUGCACUCCCAGCUCUACUGUUCAAAAACAUGGUGGUACUGAACUUUUCUAAUGUGAAUUGGUCCUUCCUGUACAGUAUUUUAGUUGCCAAAGCUGCUGUCUUUUUCUUAGUCUGUGUUUUAACGUUGUUGGUAGCCAGUCCUGAGAACAGAUUUAGCAAAGCAGGUUUGUUCCCUAUUUUUGCUACACAAAGCAAUGACUUUGCACUGGGAUAUCCAAUAGUUGAAGCUUUAUAUCAAACCACUUACCCAGAGUAUCUCCAGUACAUUUACCUAGUGGCUCCAAUAUCUCUUAUGAUGCUAAACCCUCUGGGGUUUAUCUUCUGUGAAAUCCAGAAGUGGAGGGAUAAUCGCACUGUGUCACAGAGCAAAAUCAAAAUAGUGGGCCUAGCACUCCUUCGAGUUUUGCAGAACCCAAUUGUAUUCAUGGUCUUCAUAGGAAUUGCCUCAAACUUUAUUCUCGGCCAGAAAAUUCCCGAAUACCUUGAAAACUUCCUUGACGGACUGGGCAGUUCAUUUUCUGGCUCUGCACUUUUUUACCUUGGACUGACUAUGGUGGGACAAACAAAAAAACUGACAAAGGGUAUGUUUGUUGCACUGAUCCUUCUCAUCACAGCUAAACUACUUAUGAUGCCAUUUCUAUGUAGAGAAAUGGUGGAACUCUUGGACAAGAGCAACAGCGUAGUCAACCACACCAGUUUAUCAAACUAUGCAUUUCUUUACGGAGUUUUUCCUGCAGCACCUGGUGUCGCAAUAUUUGCAAGCCAAUUUAAUAUGGAAGUCGGAAUUAUUACCUCAGGCAUGGUGAUAAGCACUUUUGUGUCUGCACCUAUUAUGUAUGUUUCUGCGUGGCUGUUGACGAUUCCAUCUAUGGACCCCAACCCGCUGGCAUCUGCACUCCAAAAUGUUAGCUUUGACAUAAGUAUUGUCAGCCUCGUUUCUCUGAUCUGGUCUCUUACUGUUGUUCUUCUGAGUAAGAAAUACAAACAGCUUCCUCAUAUGAUGACAACAAAUCUACUUGUUGCUCAGUUUAUUGCUUGCAUUGGAAUGGUGGCAUGGAAUUUCAUUGUUAAGGAGAAAGACAUCACCAUGCAGAUCCUAGUAUUUAUAUUCCUCUACAGCUCACUUUAUAGCACCUACCUAUGGACAGGUUUUCUGUCUUUCUCUUUGUUUCUCUUGAGGAAGAGAGAAACAGUAAAGAUUCCCAUUGGGUUUAUUAUCAUAGCUGGAUGGGGAAUCCCAGCGCUUCUGGUGGGAAUCUUACUAAUUGUUGGUGAACAUAACAACACUAGUAUUGACUCUGCCUUUUUCUAUGGAAAAUACCAGAUAAUUACCACAGCAGUUAUUCUGUUCAUCAGUAUAUUGAUGUCAGGUGUCUCACUUAUGUGCAUGAACAGAAAUAGGCAAGCGUCAAGCUAUGAGGUAUUGAACCCAUAUUCACCGCGUAGCCAAGUGGAGGAGGUUGAAGUGGUGGAAGGGAGUGAGGGGAAUCGAGUUUCAGUCACUGUGCCUCAGCCUUCUCCAGGAUCUUCUGCACAGCCUUCUCCAGAAUCUUCUGCACAGCCAUCUGCAGAAAGAGGUUGCUGUUCUUGUCAAACAACAAAUGGUGAAUUACCCUGUGCUAGAGAGAGCAAAGCCAUGUCAAAUGCUGUUGAAAGCAAGGUUCCUCCAAUUGAAACAGCUGAUCAGUGUGUGAGUCAUUGCAGUGCUCAAACCUGUGUAUUGGCUCAGGAAGAACAGCUUCUACAGACCGGAGACAAACAGCUGGCCAGACACGUGCUGCUGUGCUUACUUCUUAUUGUUGGCCUGUUUGCUAAUCUUUCCAGUUGUUUGUGGUGGCUGUUCAACCAAGAGCCUGGAAGGCUAUAUGUGGAAUUGCAGUUCUUCUGUGCUGUGUUUAAUUUUGGUCAGGGCUUCAUUUGUUUUGGUAUUUUUGGCUUAGAUAAGCAUUUAAUCAUUCUACCAUUCAAAAGAAGACUUGAGUUUCUCUGGGGAGGAAGAGAAGCAGCAGGGCAUACAGAUCCCUCUGUACCUGAGGAAAUCAGGAUGACCUGUCAACAGUUUGUUCGUUAUCACAGAGAUCACUGUGUCAAAAGUAUUGUCAGAGGCAGAAGGUGUGGUGCAAAGAUCUCCACUGGCAUCUUCUUUGGCUGUGACCUGGUGAACUGGCUCAUGCAAGUUGGCCUUGCCUCUGACCGUGGUGAAGCUGUGAUGUAUGGAGACAGACUGAUGAAAGGAGGCGUCGUCCAGCAUAUUACAAAUGAAUUUGAAUUUCGGGAUGAAUAUUUGUAUUACCGCUUUAUUCCUAAGAGAUCAGUUGCAGUUGAGAGCCAUUGAUCUGAGCAUGUAGGCAGAGGACAGGCAGUUAGGGGUGAAUGUGAUCACUUCUGCUGCCUUCACCACUGAAAUUGGAAGUAUUUUUUUUCUCAGGGCUCUCGGAGAAUUGUGUUAUUCUCUCAUGUAAAAUUAAGAGGUGUGGUUCUACUUGUGUCUAUUCUAAAGGACAU